CCGUGCAAAGUUUCAGCACAGACGGACCGCCGAACUCACUCACCCGGAUAACCCUCAUCACCCUGGAGCCUGACAUGCUGGACUUACCCGCGUAUUCCUACUAUUUAACUAAGAGACGAGCUUCGAAGCGUGAGUCGACUGUCGAGUAAUAGAGGACAUUUUCGUGAAGCACAUACAGAAGUUGGAGUCGGAAGUGAUGAGCUGCUCACUGCUGUACCACGUGACUGCUCCAGGAAGUGGCUUGGCAGCAAACUUCACCCCAAGGGGGAUAUUCAAAAUGAUUUGGAUACCCAUUUGAAGAUCGUUAGCAGAGUUUAGACUGAUAAAUAGCUUGGUUGUUUGGGUAUAUGGAUGGAGACCGACAUAUUUUCAUAAAUCUAACGUUGUUUAAAAGGCAUUAGGUGUGCUUAUUUUAGUCAAAGGUGAAGUGUUUGUGUUCCAAAGCGUUGGGGUACAGUAACAACACAUUCAUGCUAAGUCAUGCCGUGCCUGGAAAAGAUAUGACAAGAUAAACUAACUACGACAGUAGUUAGAUAGAUUCAUUAAAUGUCAAUACAAUACACACAUUGCACUUUAUUUGAGACAUGUUUUGUUAGCACAGCUGCACUGGUCAAGCGUUCACUUCCAACGAUUAUAUGCUUGUAAUACGCUCUCCCACUAGAGGGCGGGCGCUUGCGGAUGUAUUUGCAACUAAACUCCGAAGAAGAAGAAAUAGGAAGAAACCACAUUUGCCAAAGGGGUCCGUAAAGCUUCGCGUUGGUUUUGGAGUGAUAUUACUGAUCUGGAACACCUUUUGUGGAAAUAUAUCCCUCAAAUAUGUACCUCAAACAGGAUUAACAUUGGGCUUUCAAAAGUUGAACGAGCUUUACUUUUCGUCGAGACAUUUGAUAGAGAUAGAGAACGCAGGAAGAAACAGGACGUAAUUAUUGGAGGCCAUUCAUUGCCUUCCCAGUCGACCUUUACAGAUAAGAAUAAAAGACGGGACCUAGUGAAUCAGAAAUGGGUAAUAAUGACAAAACUUUUGUAAAAGUAAACUUUUGACCCAGCAUUUCACACACAAGGCAAUCAAAGGGCACAACCCACGCCACAUGUUAUGAAAUAAAAACAUCCAAUAAUGGCAACAAAAUGCACAUAUGUGGUGCAGAGACUACUCGGAGCUCAUCGAGUUUGCAGCCGGAAGUUAAGCUCGACUUCAAGUCAUGGACGCUUCACCUGGAAAGGACCAGUCAGGCACAUGUCCCAGUCUACUAUCUCAGGUAGCAGUUGUCUGUCUUUUCGAAGUCACACCUGUGGACAGCUGCGACAGGAGCAUGUGGGAGAGAAGGUGAUUCUCUGCGGUUGGGUCCAGUACCUCAGACAAGACCUGUUUGUCAUUCUACGAGAUUUCAGCGGGUUGACCCAAGUUCUUAUACCUCAGGAGGAAUCAGCGCGCCAUGUCAAAGAAGUGCUGUGUAACCUCACUGCUGAGUCGGUCAUCAAAGUCAUGGGGACGGUUAAGGAACGGCCAUCAGGACAGGAGAACAAGGGGAUGCCAACCGGCCACAUUGAAGUCCUUGCGGAGGACGUGGAUGUUUAUAACAUCUGCCGGAAGUUGCCUUUUGAAGUUAAAGACUUUGUCAAAAAAUCCGAGUCUCUUCGCAUGCAGUUUCGCUACCUGGACCUGAGAUCUUCUGCCUUGCAGAAGAACCUCAGGCUGAGGUCCCAGCUUGUGAUGAAGAUGAGGGAGUAUCUGUGUUAUAUGCACGGUUUUAUUGACAUUGAAACACCAACUCUGUUUAAAAGGACUCCAGGGGGUGCCAAAGAGUUUCUGGUUCCCUCCAGAGACCCGGGUCUGUUUUACUCCCUCCCUCAGAGUCCUCAGCAAUUCAAACAGCUGUUAAUGGUGGCCGGAAUGGACAGGUACUUCCAGGUUGCUCGGUGCUAUCGAGACGAAGGCUCCAAAGCGGAUCGCCAGCCAGAGUUCACCCAGGUGGACAUUGAAAUGUCUUUUGUGGACCAGGCGGGAAUCACAUCCCUGGUGGAGGGUUUGUUGCAGUACUCCUGGCCCGCGGAGAAAGCUCCCAUCAUGCUUCCUUUCCCAACCAUGACGUACCAAGAGGCCAUGAGGGACUACGGUGUGGACAAACCCGAUACCAGAUUCGGCAUGAAGCUGAUGGACGUCAGAGACGUUUUCCUGUCUGCAGAUGUUGCUUUCCUCAAAGCAGCCGUUAGCCAAGCAGGAAGCUCGAUAUUGGCCAUCCGUGUCCCCGACGGAGCAAAAUUAUUCAGUGCAAAAGAUUUGGAGGGACUGAAACAAGCGUCAAAGACUCAGUUUCACCAGGAGGUGAGUGUAGUGCUGGUCAGAGCUGAUAGAACUCUCAAGUCCCCCAUAAAGAAGCUGCUGUCAGGCAGCAUCAGCGAUGCCUUGCUGAAGAAGACCGGAGCUGAGCCCGGGGACCUCCUCCUGAUAGCCGCUGGUGCGACUGCCGUGGUGCAACCUCUGCUGGGUCAUCUUCGUUUGCAGUGCGCUGACCUCCUGGAGUCUCACGGCUCUUCAAUCCGUGAUACUUCAGCAUUUCACUUUUUGUGGGUGGUGGAUUUCCCCCUCUUCGUGCCCAGGCAGGACGAGCCGGGGCAGCUGGAGUCGGCCCAUCACCCUUUCACUGCUCCAGUGCCGGAAGACACGCCGUUGCUGUACACACGGCCAGAAAAAGUACGUGGUCAGCACUACGACCUGGUGUUGAACGGCUCUGAGAUCGGAGGGGGAUCCAUCCGCAUCCAUAAGGCUUCAGAGCAGCUUCACGUGUUACAGAACAUUCUCAAGGAGGAUCCCACGCUUCUUUCUCACCUGCUGGAGGCUCUGGACUCGGGAGCGCCACCCCACGGCGGCAUCGCUCUUGGUUUAGAUCGGCUGGUAUCCAUCAUGGUGGGGGCUGACAGCAUACGUGAUGUCAUCGCCUUCCCCAAGUCGUUCCGUGGUCACGACCUCAUGGGCCACGCCCCCGCUUACGUGUCGGAGGAGGAGCUGAAGUCGUACCACGUGUCAGUCAAGUGGCCGGCGGCAGAGACAGGUGGAAGACAGGAAGAAGGCGGGGAGAUUUAGACAGCUCCCAGAGGAACACUGGAAGAACCAAUAACCUGCUUGCAGCUCAAGCAGAAGAAAUCAUCAUCUCAUCUUCAUGCUGCUGAUCAUGAAAUAGCAGGAACAGAGGAGCUCACAAUUUACACUGCUUGUAUUACACAUACUGCAUUCAUCAGCUACUCCUACUACUACUACUAGUAGUACUAGUCAUGAGAUGGGAUUUUUUAAUCAUGUGAGCAGUCAUUCAUUUUUCCAGCCAAAUAAAGUCAUUUUUCCAUACUGAAAAUGGGCGUCACCAUCAAACCUAGGCCACAGGGUGUUUUCUAAACUGUCCUUUUUUUCACAGACUGGAGUUAGCGGGCAUUUUGGACUGCUCUUUGUGACAGACCAUUCACUCCAAAUCGAGAUACACAGGUUAC